UGCCAUCUUCAAUUCAUCUCCGGCAUCUGCUUCCUUAACCAGCCAUUACCAUCGGCCACUUCACUCCUUUCCCUCUCAGACUACUCCAGUGCCACUGCUCACCGCCCGUCAUCUUAAGCUUCGACACUUCCUCCUUCGUAAUCCUCCAGUAAUCCUCAAGAAUGAGGCAUGCCAAGGAAGAACCAUCAACUUCCAGGGCAACUGACAUAAUAACAGCUGUGAAGGAGUUACAUGGACUUAACUCUCAGGAACUCCAUAGAUUAUUGAGGGACUCCGAAAAUUUUACUAUCACCUACCUUACUGAAAAAGGAUCACUGAUAAAGGUUGACAUGGAAAAACUUGCAGGGUCUCUUCCACUGCACCUUACUGCAUUGCUAAUCUCAUCUGAUAGGGAUGAAAAAAUGUUCAAAUACUUGUUAUGUGGUCUUCGUCUCCUCCAUUCCUUGUUUGAUUUAGCCCCUCGGCACUCUAAACUCGAGCAGAUAAUGCUGGAUGAUGUGAAAGUAUUGGAACAGCUGAUUGAUUUGGUUUUCUACAUGUUAGUCGUUCUUGGUGGUUACAGACAGGAAGGGCAUGCUUUUAGUCCUAAGUACCUUUUGUAUUCAGCUCUUGUAGCAUGCAAUUUAUAUUUAUUAACGGGGUUUAUAUCGGCACAAUGGCAAGAUCUUGUACAUGUAUUGGUUGUGCACCCUAAGGUUGACUUAUUUAUGGAUGCAGCCUUUGGAUCAGUUCGCAUGGUAGUUAGGUGCCUUGAGAUUACACUUUCAGCUUACCAUAAAGAUUUAUCCUGGGAAUCACAUUUGACUUCAGAACGAGUAGUUUAUCAUCUCUGCCAGCAGUGUGAGGCCUCUCUGCAAUUUCUACAGUCAUUAUGCCAACAAAAAUUGUUCAAAGAACGCCUACUCAAGAAUAAGGAACUAUGUGGAAAAGGAAGCAUUCUUUUUCUUGCUCAAUCCAUCCUGAAGUUAAACAUGGAAUCAUCUUUUCCAUGUAAGAUUAUGGCAGCUGUAUCUAGGCUAAAAGCUAAAAUACUUUCUAUUCUUCUAAGUUUAUGUGAAGCAGAAAGCAUUUCUUAUCUUGAUGAAGUUGCCAGCUCAUCACAAAGUUUAAAUUUAGCUAAAUCUGUUGCUUCAGAGGUAUUUCACUUACUAAAGACUGCUUUUGGAGGAGAUCCUAGACAUCUUGCUAAUGUCAGAAGUUACCCCAUGGGAUUCUUACAGCUAAAUGCAAUGCGGCUAGCUGACAGCUUCUCUGAUGAUUCAAACUUUCGAUCUUACAUGACAAAUUGUUUUACCAAAGUUCUGACAGCAAUAUUUUCACUCACCUAUGGGGAUUUUUUAUCUUGUUGGUGUUCAACUGAUCUCCCUGAGAAGGAGGAGGAUGCAACUCUUGAAUAUGAUAUAUUUGCUACUGUUGGAUGGAUUUUGGAUAACAUUUCUUCACCGGAUUUGUUGAACGGAACACCUUUAGAGUUCAACUUAAUUCAUAACAGCAUGCCCCAAGCUUCUUAUGCACAUCAUAGGACUUCGUUAUUUGUCAAAGUCAUUGCAAAUCUUCAUUGUUUUGUUCCCGACAUAUGUGAAGAACAGGAGAGGAAUCUUUUUGUUCUCAAGGUCCAAGAGUGCUUGCAACAGGAUCUAUCAAGCUUGCUGCCUGGAUUUUCUUUAGCUUCUGAUUGUCCUAAAGCUGCUGCUGCUUGCAAGAAUCUCCGUUCAUUGUUGAGUCAUGCAGAAUCAUUGAUUCCAAACUUUUUAAACGAGGAGGAUGUACAACUUCUAAGGGUGUUUUUUGGCGAAUUACAAUCACUACUUACUUCUGUUGGAUCCGGAGAAAACCGUAUUCAAGAUAACAAAGCUGACGAGUCAUUGUCCUUGGAUAAGUUUUCAAAACUCAACAUCAAUGAACACUAUCAGGAGGCUCAAAGUACAGGAGGAUGCUCGUCAGCUCUGCUAGGAAAGGAAACUACUAAUCUUAAUGAGAAGAGUAGUAACUUAAAGGAAGGAGUUUCAGAAAAUUCUGCAGUUCCGGGUGCAGACCAAGUUAAUAGCAGGGCUGCAGACAUAAGUAAAGGUGAUGACAUGAAUAGGCAAGAUCUAGCAGAAGAUAAAGGUAUAUCUAGUAAGACUGCAUCUGGAGAUGCAGUAGAAAUGGACAAGGAUACUCAGAAUGUUGACACGAGUGGUUCAGAUGCUAGUUCUGCAAAAAGAAAGAAUGUUAUUGAUCACAUUGACAACAUUGAGCUCUCAAAAUCAAGUGAUAAUGUUAAAAAAGUUGGAGUUGGAGACAAUCCUGAGGAUGAAAAGGUUGACACUGUACAGAGGAGGAAGCGAAAGAGAAAUAUAAUGAAUGAUAAACAGGUGACAAUGAUUGAGAGGGCACUGCUGGAUGAUCCUGAAAUGCAGCGAAAUGCAGCUGCACUACAAUUAUGGGCAGAGAAAUUAAGUCUCUAUGGUUCUGAGGUUACAUCUUCGCAGCUUAAAAAUUGGUUGAAUAAUCGAAAAGCAAGGUUAGCCCGCACAGCUAGGGACGUUAAAGCAGCAGCUGAUGCUACUGACAAUUCAGUCCAAGAUAAGCAAAGAGGACAAGUUGGGUCGUGCGACUCACCUGGCAGUCCAAGUGAUGCAUCUAACGCUAGAAAAGAUCUUCUAACUCUUGCUAGAAUAGCUUCUGCUGAUAACCCUGACUCUUCAAUGGCUGAAGUUAAUGGUGGCCCCCCAGAACUUUAGCGCAAGGCUGGUCGGUCUGUUGUUGUAAUUUGUGUAUCUGUGAGAACAGGUUGGUAAAGGGAAGGUGUUUCAUUUUCAAGUGCAGGGUAACUAGUAUGGGAAGUGCUUGGAGACAUGGUUCAAACUGUUCUUAGUCUUCGUGCGAGCUUCCUUGCGGGUACAUGGCUGAGAAAAUUUGCACACUGUUGGCUCCUUUAACGAGGCUGUUGGAACGACUGUCUGAUGGCGGAAAGACGUUGCUUUACUAGUCAAAGGAGCGAAAAGAGUGAGAAGUCUGUGGAGGAAAGUGAAGGGCUCUUUGGCAAUGAUAGUUUGUGACAUGAUUAGCAUCCAGCAGCCAAAUUUGAUGUUAGUGUCUUACUGUACAAAAAGUUUUUCAGAGCAAUGCGGCAAUUAAACCUUUAUCCGAGGAUUAGGGGGCGGAGAUGGGGAUGAUGAGAUGCAGUUUGAUGCGAUUUUACAAACAAGCAUUUGUUAAUCACUGAAUUUCCCCCGCCAUUAACCUUCUGACAGGCACUUUCCCUGUUAUUUUCUCGCUAAAUUGAAAGGUAUCAGGUCAGCAGGCACCAAAGAAGUUAUAAUAUUGUUGUCGCAUCCGGAAUUCUUGCAGUAUUCGUUCCCAGUAUGCGUAUUAUGAAGUCGGGGUAACAAGUAUUGAUUUUU